GUACCGGUAGAUAGAUGCAGACGCAGUGUUGUCCUUCCUCUGGCUCUGGCGGGUCUUCUUGACUCUUUGGACUUGCUGACUUGGAGAUCAGCGGCAAGCCGCAGAGAUUGUUGCUGUUACUAGAGAAUUCAGGUCCUUUCUAGACAAAUGCCUGGUGCUGUCGACAUAUAGGUUGCCUUGAGCAAUGAAUAUCCCAUACUGCAGUCAACUUCAAGUCGCAUGAAACCUGAACAUGGGUAUCAGGGGUCUCACUACUUUGGCGGAGAAUCACUCCAAGAAGCUCUUCAAAGACAUCACCCUACAGGAUACUAAACUUGUCAUUGAUGGAUUUGGACUGCUGUGGUACCUUUUUUCUCAAAUUCAACAUGCAGACCGUAUGUCACAUGGUGGGGAGUAUGAACUGCUUCGCUCCAAGAUCCAGUACUUCUUCAUGAACCUUCUCAAGUGCAACUGUACCCCGUAUGUGGUCUUUGAUGGCAGUUUUGACCUUGAUGAUAAGAAACAUGGUACUAUGCUGGACAGGUUCAAGGAUAAGAUCAGGAUAGCUAGAGAGGUUAUUCGUGGAGGGGAUGGUCUUUUGAUGCCUGCUCUGAGUCUUUGUGUUAUGAAGCAGGUUCUUUCAGAACUGAACGUGGGAUUUGCCUUCAGUCAGUUUGAGGCGGACAGAGAGAUAGCUAUCCUGGCCAACUAUUGGCGUUGUCCAGUCCUUGGAAAAGAUAGUGACUUUUUGGUGAUGGAUAUCAUUGGAGGCUACCUUCCUUUGACACUGCUAAAGUGGAAAACUGUUCAGAAGUCCCGAAGAGGAAAGUGUUUCAUUGUGGGUCAUAUCUAUCAAGUCAAUGCCUUUUGUAACUUCUUCCACGUUAAAAAAGAAUUGCUGCCUCUCUUUGCCACACUGGCUGGCAAUGACUACGUUAAUCCUGUGUCAUUGAAUCCAUUUCUUUCAAACCAGGUGUAUGGAAAAUACAGUGGCAGUGGCAAUAAACGACAGACACAAUUGGAACACCUCCUCUGCUGGCUGAGUGAACAGAGAUCAAGUGCUACUGCUUUGAAAGAUGUGUGGAAAUCCCUCACAAAUAAGAAAGAACUGGAACCCUCAUUUGAAGCUUCCAUGGAAAUGUAUCGCACAAGACAUGACUCCAGCAACCUUGUACACUACUUUGAGGGACAAGGACUUCCAAAAGACUUCCGAUCAAUGUCUCAACUGUGUUCUGUAAUAGGGACACCAGUAUGGGUAGCCAUAGCUCACCAGGCAGGUUUAUUUGGAAACCUACUGAUCAAUGUCCUGAGUAAGGGUUACUGUUUCUCUAGUAUUCAAGUGGAAAAUCCAAGACAGCCUAGUGCAUGGCUACCGUCAGAGAUUCUGUUUUCAGUGUUGUCUGGUAUUGUUUUGGGGAGGAGGCUGCAAGGUAAUGAUUGUAAAGGAGUAGAAACCUGUCAUGUGUAUAUUAGAAAUGGUGAUGGAUUCCAAAGAAAGAAGGUUUCACCAUUGCAACUAUUGGAAGGAUAUGGGAAGCUUCCAACUUUGGAGACGAUUCCAUCACUCCCAGAGACAGACAAGCAGAAACUUUUGUUUCAGGUUCUUGCACCGAAUCUUACAACACACAUGGAUCUUGUGUCAUUUCCUGUGGACUUCCAGCUUGCCCUUCUUGUGAUGCUGUACUGGAUGAACUCAAAACACUCCCACUACAAUGAUCUUCAUAUAAAUUCUUUGCUUGUCGGAUGGGUCUAUCUCUACACCCAAAGACAAAACAGAAUGUGCAAAGAUGGAGGACCAUCUGAAGUUCAAGGGCAAUGUGCAUACUCUGCUCCAUCAGGGGAUCUGAAGAGUGAAUGCAAGAUUAUGUACACCAACCUCAGUCACCAUCAAGGAAGGUUAAGAAAGAGGAAACCUGAUCCUGUUAUUUCUCACAGCUUCUCUCAGUGGCAGCAGUGCCUUGUCUACGGCAUCUGCUUCAAUGAACUGCUUCAGAGUCCCUUGCCAGACUGUCCUGAUACAUCUAUCCUCUUCAAUGGCCUGUUAAUGCACAGUUUGUACAUGACACUUCGGGAUGCUUCAGGUAGGGAACCUCUCCAUAGGUGGGCAGUUGCCAUGUUCUUCAAAGACACACCAAUAGCAUCUCAGCUCUUUGUUUCAAUGCAUGAGUUCCUCGCUUCAAAUGCUACGAAGGUUGGCCAGAAGAAUUCUGCUAAAUCAUCUAAUGGUCAACAAUCCAAACAGUCCUCCAGGAAGUCUAAAUCCCGUCAAGGUCAGCAGCAGAAGGGAAGACAGCAGCAAGGAGCAACACCAAAGAGCAGCAAUCAAGUCGGUGAAGAUUCAGACUCUGACCAAGACUGGGGAGCAAAUAACAGAUUUGCUUUACUUCAGUAACAUGGAUUGUAAUAUUUGGUCAACCAUUGUCAUUUGUCAGAGAAAUAUUUGUCAAAGACAAGUGAUUGGAUUAGUACUUACCAGAAGUUUUUAGUGAAUAAUCGAAUGUGCAAUCUGGUACGCUAGUACAUGUGGAUUUUUCCCCUUUUGGGGGGGUAUGUGAUUAUAUUUUUCAUUACAAAUGUAUUUUAAAUUUCUACAUUAUUUUUCUACACAAAGAUUUGUAGAAAGAUAAUUUCUCUGUAAUUUCUACUGUUGCUCCAAUAAUUUGCAAAGCAUAGUAGUCAUAGGCUUUAUGGUAGUAUAAGAAUUUGUAUAAUUAUCCAUACUGUUUUUAAAAUUAUUAGAUAAAUUGUGCUUGUGUUAUUUCCCUUUUUAUAUCCUGCCAGUAAAAUCAUUUACUAGAGAGUAAUAUUGUUAUUGAUGUAAAAGUCCAACUUCACAUUUGAUUCCCACAAAGCCUGUUUCUACAAGUGUAAUUACUCAUUCACCGAUAAUGCAAACUGGAGUUUAUUCUUCAUAAUUCUCUUUUUUUACCAUUGAUUCUGAGCAUGCAGACAUUGACAUUAGUGGUUUAUAUAUCUUAGACACAUUUCCAGAGUGUCAUGUAGUUUCACUUUAUGGUUUACUGUUUAUAUCACACAUUUGAGUUGAUACCCAUACCUCUAAAUACUUUGUAUCUUUUGACUCUUGUUAUUUUUUUUGUCUGAUGAAUUCAAAGUUCCAUGUACGUACAAUCCAUUUGUAUAGUUUCAUUUCUCUGCAUCUUGUGCAUCUAAUGCAAACUUUAUACUCUUUAUUCUGUAUGAAUCUUGCCAUUGUUUUAUAGCUUCAUUUUAGAGUUUCAGUGUUUAAAGCGAUCCUUAGAUUUCAAUCACUUUCAAGCUAUUUGAAUGUUGAUUAUCUUGAAUAAAUAGAUUUAGAGGAAGAGAAAUCAAGGGGAAUAAAUGAAGAAAGGGGAUUUGAUUUGAUUUGAUUUGAUUUUAUUGAUAGAGAGAAUAGAGAGGGAUAGAGAGAAUCUACAAGUAUUUUAAAGGCUUCCUUCCAAGUGGAUUGCAAAAUGACAAAUUUCUGAUAGUUUCAGAAAGACAAAUUCUUAUGAUAUAAUAUUGAUAAUGAUGAUUAUGUAUAUUGCUUGAUAUGGUGUUUCAAUGAGGAACUUUAUUAUCUACAUUGCCCAUGUCAUUGGUUUUUUUUGG